GGGUGCCGAGUUCAUCGCUGCGCCUGGCACUUGCGGCCUCGAAGCAAGAGAGAGAGAAGCGCUCUGCAUGCUUGGGGAGUUUUCAUUUGAGUAAGGCCGAGGUGGAAGAACUGAGUCACCGCGGCUGGGGCCACGCUCCUCGGAGGAGAACGGAGGAGCGGAGCGGCACGGCCGUGCACGCACACGUGCGCGCGUGCAAGGGCGAGCAAGGCAGUGGCCGGGCCCAGCGGUGGCAUAAGGGGAAGUGAAAUCGCUGUGCUGGUGGGCAGCGACUGGUUUUGGUCAUGACUUUCACUCGCCCAGACGAGAUGCCCUGAGCGCCGUGGCCACGCUGGGAGGAACCCACAGGCUGCAGCGAGGUGAGGGACUUGACAGGGCAGGCGGCUGUGGCGCUUCCUUCAGUGGGAGCAGGCCUGCAAAGUGGCCACAAGGGUCCCUCUCCUUCCCGUGGGGUGAAGGAAAGGGGGACGUGGUGCUUGUUUAGUAAGGAUGGAGCAGAGCCACCUGCAGUGCUGAAAUCAAUCGCUUAUCUGCUUCAGAUCCCAGUCGCCAGGAUUUGACAUACAUGUGGUGGCAGGAAAUCUCUCCUGCUCAAGAUUAGGAAAACCCAAGGCCCUUCACAGAGUAUUUAGUCCCCUCCAAGGGUAUGGGACACGACCUGCCUGGUGGGACAGGCUUUGUUCAUGCCCUGGGCAGUCACUGAGAGCAGGACCAGCUCUGAACCCCUGAGGAACAGGACAUGGUGCCAAAGGGCUUGGAGGCUCCGUGCCAAGGGUCUAGCACGGGAUGCAGUGAGCAAGUUCGGCCUUUUUGUGUCAGUCCUGGAGUGAACCGCACCACCUGAGCCUGUGAUUUCUGCCCCACACUCACGUGGACACAGGGCCCACCACGGAUAAAACCACCACACACAGGCUUCACCAAGGGGAGACCAGCAAAUACCCCGAUGCCGGAGGCUGGGGUAGAUUUCAGAGAGGCGCAGCCCACCCCGGUGAGGGGCUUUUCUCGCAGGCAAGGGAGCUGCAGGGGCUGGGGGCAGCAUACGGCUGGGACUAGGAGGCGCACCAGAGGCCGCAGGGAUUUUGGCAGCGUGUUUUGGAGGAGAGGGCUUCUUGGACAGUGCAUUGCACGGGCGGCCAGGGGUAGGGCUUCAGUGUGCACCCUCCUCCUCCCCAGCGAAGAUCCGCCCCGGGGGAAGCGCAGCGACCGGAGCCCCAAGGGAGCCGAGGCGGCUCGACAGACUGCAUCUCCCUCUGCCACCCGCCCCGGGGCUCGGCGAUUUCACACUCGGGCAGCCGCUCUGCGCUGCGCCAUGCGGGAGCACUCGGCCAUGUCCUCGUUGGGAAAAGCAGACGCCAUCGCCUCCUGCCUCCCCUCGCAGUGCUUUGACCCCCUGACCAGGUUCUGCGUGAGGUGCUCCGACCUCUUCAAGGACAACGCAACUCUCUCCCUCCUGACCCCGCCGGCGUUUCGCACCACAGCAGAGCCCGUCCACGUGGCGUCCACCUCGGCCCCGCCGCCCACCCUGCCCUCCGUGGACCUGCCCAGCACCCUCCUGAUCUUUGGGGUCCCCACGCUGGUGGUGCUCCUCCUGGUUCUGGCCGCCCUCUGCGGCCUCUUGGCCUGCAAGGCGAGGAAGCAGAGGAGGAAGAGUAGGAAGACGGAGCAGGAGGCCAAAGAAAGCCUGGGUGAAACCGGCCCCCUGCCCAGCCCUGGUUACCCGGACUUCGCUGCUCCGGAGGGGGAGGUCGGCCCGGCGUGGGGCCCCUGCCCUCACCUCAACGGAGGCCUGAAGGCGCCGGGGCCGCCUGGGAGGGACAGUGCAAAGCGGCGGCCGUGCUGCCAGGGCGAUGUCGAGCGCGACGUGGUGCUGCUGGCCGCCACCUGGCCCCACCACGAGGAGCACGGCCACGGCUUCCCGCUGCCGGCCACUGAGCUGGGCGCCACCGCCUUGGUCACCACCAAAACCACCCAGGACUGCAUGGGCGAGGAGAGACCGUGACGGAUGGGAAACGGGGCUGGGGCUCUCCGGCUGCCCCCUGCAGCCAGCCAGAGCCCUUCCCCAGGCGGGCAAGGCCUUGCGUGGACCUGAGCUGCAGCAGAACUGGGCUUUGCCAUUUGUCACUUUUGCCACUUUGCCAUUUUUGUGGAUUCCAUGCCUGUAAUUGCCAGAGGAAGUCUAAGGAUCUAUGCCGAGUUACUGAUAGCUGCCAUGGCGUAGUGGUGCUGUCUGGAGGAGGCAGGGAUGUGGCCAGUGAGGAGGGAGCAUCGCGGGGACUGCUCUGCCUUCUGCCAGGCUGCCAUAGUGCAGGUGUGGGUGAACUGGGGAGCCCGGAUGGGUCUGCUGCUGGUGGGGGGAUUUGUAGGGACACAGGACUGGAUGACCAGAAAGGGGGGAAGCAGGGGUAUGUUAGGAUGAAAUCCCAUCGCCAUUAUCUCAAUUUUUUGCUCCUGACCUCAAUAAAAUGAGUCUUGGGGCCAAAUUGA